AUGGGAUAAUAAUCAUCUCAACAUUAAUGUAAAGAAAGUAAAAAUUAUAUCAGAUAGAAUGAAAAAUAUAAAUUAUUACUUUAAAGUUCAAUAAAAUAACCAGAAUUGUGUUAAGCAAUUUCAAUUAGUUAAGAUUCUAAUAUCGUGAUUGCUGCUAGUAAUUGUAAAAUUAGAGUUUUUAAAUUAAGCUAGGAUUUGAUAAAACAAAUUUAGGUUUUAUAAGAACACAAAGGUUAUGUAGAUAUUUUAUGUUUCAUGAAUAAAUUUUGUUCUUUUAUUUCUGCCAGCAGUGACAACUCGAUAAUCAUAUGGUAGUUGAUUAAUGACAACAAAUUUAUCAUUUAAAAGAAAUUACUUGGUCAUACUUAUUAUAUAAGAUGUAUGAUUAUUAAUAUUGACGAUAAUCUUAUUAUUUCAAGUGGAUGUGAUAAAACAAUUAGAUUUUGGAGUCAAGAUAACUUUUGGGAUUGUUCAUAAAUAAUUAAGAAUAAUUUUAAUUGGGUAUAUGCUCUUAGCUUAAAUGAAUAAUCAAAUUAUUUAAUCUCAUGUGGAGAUGAUUUAUUCAUUUUAGUAUUUAAAUAUUCUUAAGAUAAUCAUCUAUGGAUAUAAACACAAAAAAUUUAANUUAAGUAACAAUAUUUAUUAAAAUCCAUCAAAUUAUAAUAUGAAUUACUACAAUUUUUUUUAUUGUAUUUGAUAUUUAUUUAUUGA